CUGCGGGUCGAGAGGAUCGGUCGCCUCUGGUACGUGAUACUGCCUGACGAAGCACCGGCGCUGCUCACGGUGGGCUACGCCCGAGUGUCCAGCCACGAGCAGAAGCCCCAGCUGGAGCCGCAGGCGAAUCGCUUGUGGGCGUAUGCUGGACAGAAUGGGAUUGCGCUGGAUCGAGUUGUUUCUGAGGUGGCCAGCGGUCUCAACGAUCGCCGCCCGAAGUUGCGUCGGUUGCUGGCCGACCCCAAGGUGGGCACGAUCCUGGUUGAACAUCGGGACCGGCUGGCGAGGUUCGGUGUAGGCAUGGUGGACGCCAUGCUGCAGGCGCGCGGUGGCAGGUUGCUGGUGAUUGAAGACAAUGAGGUCGACGAUGACCUGGUGCGGGAUAUGACCGAGAUCCUGACCUGUUUCUGCGCGCGGCUCUACGGUCGGCGCAGCGCCGCCAACCGGGCCAGAAGAGCGCUCAGCAUCGCGCAGGAAUAG